AUGGCGUCCCGGCGCGACGGCGCGCGCGGCGACGACGCGUGCGCGACGUGCGGGAGGGGUCCGAGCAAGUACACGUGCCCGGGAUGCGCGCGACGGUCGUGCGGAUUGGAGUGCGUGCGAAGGCACAAAACGACGCACGCGUGCGAUGGGAAGCGGAAUCGCGCGGCGUUCGUGGACAUUCGCGAGUUCGGAGACGCGGACGUCGUGCGGGAUUAUCGAUUCUUGGAGGAGGUGGGGGCGGAGGGCGAGCGGGCGAAGCGGUGGCGGCCGACGUUCGGGGACGAGGACGUCGGCGGCGACGCGAAUCGAAAAGGCGGACGCGGCGGCGGAGGACGCGGGAGAGGUAGGGGAAACGGCGCGAUGAGUCAGGCGCAGCGAGCGAUGGAUGCGUUGAAAGCGAAAUGCGCCGAGCGCGGGGUCGAGGUGCGAUUCAUGGCGAACGGCAUGGCGCGGCGACGGUCGAACACGACGACGCAUCAUCGCAAGAGAGACGAGUUGUCGUGGAGGUUAGAGUGGGUGUUUCACAUCAAUAGCGAGCGCAUCGUGCGCAUCGAUGAAAAAGUAGAGGAAAGCAGCGCGCUGCGCGACGCGUACGCGGCGCACGUCAAGGAGAUGACGUUGGCGGUGGAGAAUAAAGCGUCGAUGGCGCCGUUCAAGCUCGCCGAGCGCGACGGCGACGUCCGAUUCGACGUCGUGAUGGAGAAGUUCGACACCCCCGCCAACGCCAAGGUUUGGAUCCCGAUCGAUUUACGCGAUACCAUCGCGAGCGCGUUGAGAGGCAAGACCGUCUUGGAGUUUCCAACGUUUCACGUCGUUCCCAGAACGUCCGCCGAGAAGGACGGCGAAGUCGUUGCAUCAAAACAGUAA